AUGGCAUGGGAGAAGUUUACAAAAAAAGAAACUAAAGACAAAGAGAGUUGGGUGAGCGCAAAAGUCUCUUACAUGGACAGUGUGAGCGUAGACUCUAGCAAUGACUGGUAUUUUAGAAUAGAGGGAAAAAAGCAUAUACUUCCGAUUCAGAACAUCUGCAGAGCCACUCGUUCGCAAGAAGAGGAGGAGUAUCUUCUGAACAACAGAGAGGUUGCAAUCAUUUUGAAGCCCACGGGAAAGAUUCGAAAGUUCUUCAGGAUCCCCUCUGUGAUACCAGAAACCCUGACUUACUACUCCAAGGGGCUUGUUGCAGGCAUUUCAAAAACAAGAGAGGAAGUUGUUUCGUUUACAGUGGGGGGACCGUUCGCAGACUCUGAGUUCUCUAUCGCAAACUACACUGUAUCUGCGCGGCUGGAUGACUGCGAGGACAUCUAUGCAGAGGACGGACUCUUAUAUGCACUGUAUGCAGAGGGCGUCUGUGUUAUGGAGCCCAUUGAAAUAUAA